AUGUCCACCUUCCUACCCCUAAAGCUCUACGGAGACCGCCCAGGCCCCAACCCCGUAAAAGUGCUCAUCCUCCUCAACGAGCUCUCACUCCCCUACACAAUUGAAACCGUCCCCUUCAGCGAAGUCAAAUCCCCGCCCUACCUAUCCGUCAACCCCAACGGCCGCCUCCCAACCCUCCACGACCCGAACACAGGCCUCACGAUCUGGGAAUCCGGCGCCAUAAUCGAGUACCUCGUCGACCGGUACGACACCUCGCGCCGCCUCAGCUUCGAGCCGGGGACGCACGACUUCUACCUCGCGAAGCAGUGGCUGCAUUUCCAGAUGUCCGGGCAGGGCCCGUACUACGGGCAGAUGGUGUGGUUUAAGAAGUACCAUGCGGAGCAGCUUCCCAGUGCCGUGGAGCGGUAUGUCAAGGAGGUGAAUCGCGUUACGGGGGUUCUGGAGGGGUGGUUGGAGAAGCAGGCUGGGAGUGAGAGUGAAGGGGAUGGACCGUGGCUUGUUGGGGGAAAGUUGUCGUAUGUGGAUUUGGCGUUUGUGCCGUGGCAGAGGAUCCCUGGUGCGGUUGUUGGUGUGGAGGAUUUUGAUCUGGAGAAGUUUCCGUUUGUGAAGGGGUGGUUGGGCAGGAUGUUGGAGAGGGAGGCGGUUAGGGUUGCGGUGGAGGACGAGAAGAAGUGA